GCAGCCUGACCGUAAAGACGCUCGGCUAUGUCGUGAAAGGAGCCGCAACGCCCAGAGCGCUGGUUGACGACCAGGACUCCAUUUUGCUCGCCGCUUCUCUGCUCCCGACGUCGCGACCGCAGUUCCGAAGCAGCAGGAAAAGAUGCGGCCCCUGGACAUCGUCGAGCUGGCCGAGCCAGAGGAAGUGGAGGUGCUGGAGCCUGAGGAAGACUUCGAGCAGUUUCUGCUGCCCGUCAUCAACGAGAUGCGCGAGGACAUCGCCUCCCUCACCCGCGAGCACGGGCGGGCGUACAUGCGGAACAGGAGCAAGUUGUGGGAGAUGGACAAUAUGCUCAUCCAGAUAAAAACGCAGGUGGAGGCCUCGGAGGAGAGCGCCCUGAAUCAUCUUCAGAACCCGAACGAUGGCGUGGAGGGCAGGGCGACCAAGAGGUGCGAGAAGGCCGAGGAGAAGGCGAAGGAGAUCGCGAAGAUGGCAGAGAUGUUGGUGGAGCUGGUCCGGCGGAUAGAGAAGAGCGAGUCGUCGUGAAGCGGCCUUGGCG